GCUCGUUUUUCAGUCGCAUUUUGUUAUUAACUGUGAAACGAAGAAAAUUAUUUUUGCUGAACAAAAACCCACAAAAAAUUGCAUUCGAAUCCAACUUUUUAAAAUGAAUUUAAUUCUGCACUUGAUCUUCUGUGGAUUAUUUGCUAGUAGCGCAUUAAGUAUUUUAGAUGUAAAGACGCCAGUCAAACGGCAUAUUUGGAGAGGUAAUUACGUUUCGCAAGCAGUAGAAGAGCCCCGAUACGUACAAACGAAAGGAGGUCGAAGCGAACCGGCCAUAUUAAAUCGCCACAUAUCGAAACCGCAAUGUGUACCCUAUGAAAACGGGAUUAAGUCCCAUCCAAACAGUUGCCAAAUGUACGUUAACUGUGUGGACGGUCAAGUGUUUGUGGAUACCUGUUCGGAGGGAUUUCUGUUUAACGAUGCUACCAAAGAAUGUGAUUUCGCUUCCGAAGUCACAUGCUCAUCUCUCAGACAAAAUGCGCGGUUAUACAGUGCGCAACAGACUUCGUACGACGAUACUACUCAUUACACGGACACCGAUAGACAAGUGAUAAGCCAAUUCAAAUGUCCUCACGAAGGUAUUUUCGAGCAUCCACAUGACUGCACGAAAUUCAUUCAGUGCGCCCAUUCGGGAUUAUUUGUACAAUCUUGUGGACCGGGCACUAUGUUCAAUUCUGCGUUGCUGGUGUGUGAUUGGCCCAAAAAUGUCAAUUGCAAUAAGAACGUAAACGCAAACAUUCAGUCGGAAAAACCUAGUCAUAAAAGUGAAUUUCCCAGUAAUCAGGAGGGUCAAGACAAACGACCUGCUGGCGAUGAUUACGAUUUUGACUUUGAUGUACGAAUGUCUGAUACGGAUUCUCGCACUAUCAACAACAACAACAACAACAACGAUCAACACCAUCGUGUUUAUUCCACAUCUGCAGUUCAAAAUGAACAUUCGCAAUCAUUUAAUCAGCACCACAAUAUUCCGUCACAAACACACUCUACGAACUCACGAUCAGGGCAUAGAGUAAAUGAUCAGUAUCCACAACAGAGUUAUCCUCAAACGUCAUCUCACACCAAUGUUCAGCAUUCACAACAUAUACCCGAAAGGGAUCUGCUUCCACCUUUACGAACCAUUCCUCAUCACACUUCUGAUACAGCUUUCACCCAACAACAAGAAACUUAUCCAGCCACUUCACAAAGCCGAGCCUUUCCUCAGACACCUGUUCAAUAUCCACCGCAAACAAGCCCACAAUAUACGCCUUCGAGACGUCUUCAGCCACCACUUCCGCAGGAGCAAUCUGAUUUAAUUUCCACUCAACAACAAGGAGCGUAUGCACCAGCUCCACAAAGUAGAUCUUUUCAUUCUGAACAAAGUGGACAAGUAAAUUUUGAUAUAUUGACGUCCGUUCAACCACUUGCCAAUCCGAGAACACAACAGCACGCAGGAUAUGUGCAUUCGUCGCCUUCCUACUCGAAAACGAAAAUUUAUUCUUCUCAACAGAACAAUCACUACAAUAACCUUUAUCCCAGCCUCUCAACGAAUCAAGACACCGUAGACACUGAUCAAACACAAUCGCUCAACCGACAUAUUCCUACCAACAGACAACUUAAUAGUUUCGGCCAGACCAUGGACUUACUGGACACAUAUGCCAACUUUGAAACUACACGAAGAAUUCAAGAACAAAAUGAUAGGGCCAAUGUGAUGACCGUCGAACGAACUACCCCGAAUAGAGACCACGAGGUCCCAAUAUAUAAUCGUCCUCCACGUCCAAUAACGUCGAGAUUUGCGCCAGAUGAUCUUCAAACACAGGGAACGGAACAUGAUUUACAUUUGAACGAUGCACUGAAGCUCAUGCUUUCGCCAUAUACGAAAAAUGCCCAGUUGGGGAAUGAUAAGGUUGACGAGAUGAAGACGAAAAUUUUGAGUACUGUCACAGAUGAAACAGAACAUUUGUCAAGUUUUGUUGAUGUAACAACUGAAGCAGAAGAGGCAGACCAAGAAAUUGUAAAUGAAGAACGAAUUCAGGAAGACGACUCAAACGAUCCUCAGCUUGAUGAAACUUAUGAUGAAAAUCAACGCAACGUGUUCGAUGCUGCACCUACACCAGACACUGAAACUCUUUCUGAUUUUAACAGCCACGCUCAAACAAAAACUGGUCGUUUUCUACCCCGAACUAACAUCCUACUGAAUGGUGAUCAAAACCAGAUGUACAAGAAUCGAAAUGCCCUUUCUUCCGACAGAGCUGAAACCGAAGCAUUUUGCUCGUCCGGUUUCGAUUGCGGAAACGGAGUAUGUCUGUCCAGCGCAAAGAUCUGUGAUGGAAGAGAUGACUGUGGCAAUCGCUUGGAUGAAAAAAAUUGCAAAGACAUUAGCUACGACGUUCGAUUGUCGGGGGAUGGUGAUCGACCGAAUGUGGGACGAUUGGAAGUGAAAGUUUUUGAUAAAUGGGGUCAUAUUUGUGGCGAUGGCUUUGGCAUCAAUGAAGCUAAUGUUUUUUGUCGUGAAGCCGGAUAUCCAUUGGGUGCUGUCGAAGUAAAAAUCAAUUACAACCCUCAAUCGCAAGUCACUGUUGGCGACAGUUCAAAUUAUAUUUUGGAUGAAUUGCACUGCGGUGGAAACGAGACGUCCAUAAAAGAGUGUGAAUUUAAUGGUUGGGAUGUGCGUGACUGCAAUUCGGAGCAAACUGUUGGAUUAGUGUGCAAGUUACCGGAUAUGAAGUGUCAGUUAAAUUAUUGGCUCUGUGAUCAAUCGGAAGAGUGCAUACCAACUGCGUUCUUAUGCGAUGCAGUGAAAGAUUGCACAGAUGGAUCAGAUGAGAGUGCUUAUCAUUGUAAUUCGUCGAUUCAAUAUCGGCUGGGUCAUCAAAAAUCUGAUCGCAAAGAAGGACGUGUGGAGGUCCGAUACAAAGGCAUUUGGGGAACAGUAUGUGACGACGAUUUCGGUGAAAAUGAGGCAAAGGUUUUCUGCCGUUCGUUGGGAUACGAUGGAGCAGCGGCUGUCAUAAAAGAAUUCACGCAACCUGGUGAAGGUCUUAUCUGGUUAGAUCAAGUAUCUUGCACUGGAAACGAGACCAGUUUGGACAAAUGUACUCAUUUCGAAUGGGGUGAGAACAAUUGCAACCACACGGAAGACGUGAACGUUCGAUGUUUUGAACGAGAAGUUGAAACGAAUCAAAAACUAACUCUGAGAGAUCCAAAGAGUAGCUUCGCGCAUCUAAAUGAAAUCACUCACAGUAGCAGAUCCGAUCAAGAUCAUUGUGGACAAAUUCGAGUCGCCGACGAACCAGAUGAUUACGACGAUCAGCCGGUAUUCAAAGUUAUUGAAGGCAGAGUAGCGAAACGUGGACAUCAUCCCUGGCAGGCAACACUCAGAGUACGAGGACGCAAUGGAAAGUCAUCGCAUUGGUGUGGAGCCGUACUGAUAUCGAAGACUCACGUGUUGACAGCAGCACAUUGCCUGAUUGGAUUCACGAAAAACGCAUACUUCAUUCGGCUAGGAGAUCAUCAUUCUGAAACGCCCGAAGACACCGAAGUCGAAAUAUUUAUUGAGGACUGGCACAUUCAUGAGAGAUUCCGGAAGGGGCAUUUGAUGAACAAUGACAUUGCGUUGAUAAAGUUAAAAUCGGCUGUGAAAUUCACGGACUACAUUCAACCGAUUUGCCUGCCGACAGAGGAUACAGACUAUACGAUCGGAAAGAAUUGCUCAAUUUCUGGAUGGGGAUCGACUCAGUACGGAAAAUCAACUCCAUCAUUGCAUUUACGAUCUGCCUACAUCCCAAUUAUGUCAGAAGAAAUUUGCAAACAGCCGCACAACUACGGCAAUUCCAUACAAAGUGGAAUGUUUUGUGCUGGAAUAGAAGGUAACAUGAUCGAUGCUUGUGAUGGGGAUUCUGGUGGUCCAUUCGUAUGUCAAGACAACGAUGAAAAUGGAUAUCAUUCACUCUAUGGCAUAAUAAGCUGGGGUCAAAGGUGCGGAGAUAAAAAUAAGCCAGGCGUGUACACGAAAGUUGCUGAAUAUUUGCCUUGGAUUCAAGAAAAGCUGUUGUUGUAGAGUGUAAUUAGAGUAAUAUAAUUUGUAGUUUCCAAUGAUGGUGCUUUAAGUGUAGCUCAAGAGAAAAAGAGAUUGUAAAAAAUUUACUGCGACUCGCAGUCUGCGAGGUCACUGAAGAGUAAUAAAGAAAUGCAUAUUCUGCGCAGAA